AUGGAUGUGGACUACGCCAACGGCAACUCGCUACUCCCGCAUAUACAUGUCGACAAGACAGUGCUAGCUCAGUUAUGUGCGCCAUGGUCUGAGGCCCUGGUGGUGUGUUUGCUGGGGAAGAAGCUGGGAUACAGGACAAUGAGAGCAAGGUUUGCCUCUGUUUGGAGGUUGGCUCGUGACUUUGAACUACUUGAUAUCGAUAAUGGGUUCUAUAUGGUGAAGUUUGAUUUAGCUGCUGACAAAACCAAGGUGAUGGAGGGAGGACCCUGGAUGAUAUUCGACCACUACCUGGCUAUGUCUACUUGGAGCAAAGAGUUUAUCUCCCCGGAGGCUAAAGUCACGCAUACACUCGCGUGGAUCAGAUUCCCUGGUUUGAGUCAAGUAUUUUAUGAUGAGAGUUUUCUCCUCUCUGUUGCCUCUGUAAUUGGCAAGGCGAUCAGGGUGGACACCAACACACUUCGGGCAGAAAGAGGUAAAUUUGCUAGAGUCUGUGUUGAAUUGGAUCUCAGAAGGCCUGUGAUAGGAAAAAUAUGCAUUGAAGGGUACUGGUAUAAAGUUGAGUAUGAAGGACUCCACGUCAUCUGCACAACCUGUGGGUGUUAUGGCCACCGGAGUCGGGACUGUACGGGACCCUUGCCUACGCCGCCGCCACCCCUUGUCCCGGCAACGAAGAAGGCCACAGGGAACCCUAAUGCAACGCAAAGUGAGGAAACCGACACGGAGAAUCAGAAACCUAAUCUGGGAAGUUUGGAUUCCCAUUCGAAACCAAAUCAGGCGGGUACAGAAUCUAAGGCGAGCAUUAAUGUGACGCAGGCUGGUUCUCAGAUUCCCCAAUCAUUGGGUGAUAUGCCCCAGGUGCACGGGGAUUGGAUGAUCGUAGCUAGGAAAAAGAGGAAUCCUAAAGUCCUGCAUGGGCAUCCCCAAAAGUCAAAUAAGCAAUCACAAGGAGGUGGGCCCGUGGAUAGUUGGUCCAAGCCAGUAGACCAUCAGAGGAACCAGUCAAGGAAUCAGCGCGUGAACACCCAGAAGGAGCGUGACCCUACGCUGCCAAAUACAACCCAAACCAACGAACAAGGAACUAGUGGUCCCCAUCUCUUUAGCACCCACUUUAAUGAUAAAGUAUGGGUUAAAAAGAGAAAGCAAAGCCCAGCAUUUGUGGAACCAAUCAAGUCAGUGAUGAGCCCAUUAGAGAAAGCAAGUUGUCCAGUACCAGGAGGGGCCUCGUACCAUGCCAUGGAGAUGGAUAGAGACAUUCCCGCACCAGGAAUUCAAGCGAACCUGGGUAGCGGACAAACUACUAGCAUAAUGAGCAGCGCGCUCCCUAAAUCUUUUUCCUUCCAAGCAGGAGACGCUGUUGAGCAUGGGGGCCACGGUUCGCGGCCACCGGAGGAAUCCCAACUACAGUUUCAGGCUGGAAGCGAGUCAGGGAUGCCCCGUGAUGCAAGCCAAGCUUGGAACGUGAGGGGGGCGGGGAACGUAGUUUCCCGACGUCACUUGAAGGAGGUGGUGAGGAAAUCUGCACCGGAUGUGUGUUUUGUACUUGAGACUCAUGUGCCCUAUAAUCGUUUGCGAAGCUGCUGGACCAAGUUGGGAUAUACUCCGACGGGGAUAGAGGAGGCCCGAGGCCAAGGAGGUGGCAUAUGGGCCUUGGUGCGAUUAGCUAUUCGAGACUCUGUUAACGUCGUUGCAUCACAUGCGCAGGCCAUUACACUGCGUAUCGCUACUACUCAGUCUCCAUGGGUGUGUUCUGGAGUUUAUGCAAGUCCCGCACCUGGGAAUAGACAGUUCCUGUGGAAUCAUCUCAUGACGCUUGGAAGAAAUAUGGUAGAUCCCUGGGCGUUGGUGGGAGACUUCAACGAUAUUGUUUCAAGUGAUGAGCAGCGUGGGGGCACGUCAUCGCUUCACCUGUUCCGAGCCACACAUGGUCAGAACUUGCUGCAGAAAAGGCUAGACAGAGGCCUUGCGACCCUUGAUUGGCGCCUCCGCUUUCCAGAGGGUGGAGUGGAGGUGCUGCACCGGCACCACUCAGAUCAUAGCCCGCUGCUUCUCAGGUGUGGAAAGAAGCCGGAUAGUUUGGGAUUGAGGCCGUUUCGAUUUGAGGCUGCGUGGAUAGAUCAUCCCAUGUAUGGCUCUGUCGUAGAGAAUGUGUGGGGCAGACGAGAGUUUGGUGUGGUCCAAAAUCUCGAUGAUGUGCGUAAAGAUUCUUUGGAUUUUAAUAAGCAGAUCUUCGGUAACAUCUUCAAGAGGAAGCGUCGGGUUGAGAGCAAUAUCAAUUAUCUGCAGCAUAGACUCGAGAGUGAGGACUCAUUUUAUCUGCUAUCCCAGGUUCAGCGCGCGAAGGAAGAGCUGAACGACAUUCUUGCCCAGGAAGAAAUGUUAUGGUAUCAGAAAUCGCGUGAGAAAUGGGUGAAACAGGGGGACCGCAACACCACCUUUUUUCAUGCCCAGACAAUAAUUCGCAGAAAGAGAAACCGUAUCGUGGGCCUUAAUCUCCCCAAUGGCUCCUAG